AUGAAGAUCCCCCCUCCAGCCAGCCUGAAAGCCACCAGCACUGAGCAACUCAAGACACUCUUGAAGCCGAUCAGAGCAACGCCCGAAAACCGGAGGGCCCACUUCCACAACUGGUCGGGUGAAUUCAAAGCGAAUCCGUUGGCGAUCUUCAAGCCUGAGAACGAGGCCCAGAUCAAACUCAUCUUAGAGCUCUGUCGCAGAGAAUCGAGGAGGCUUCGCUGUUUUGGCUCAGGUCAUAGUCCCAGCGAUCUGGCGUGCUCUGAUGACUACAUGGUCAAUUUGGAUCGCAUGAGCGGCUUGAUUGAGGUGGAUCAAAGUACCAAAACGAUUGAGGUGUGGGCUGGCACUCGCCUCAAAGAUUUCAUCCAGCUAUCCCAUCAAUACAAUUUGAGCUUGUCAGUGCUUGGAUCAAUCUCAGAACAAUCCAUUGCGGGAGCCAUCUCAACGGCGAUCCAUGGCUGUGGUUACGACUACGGAUGUAUUUCAACAUACGUUGAAUCCCUGACUUUGGUUCUUGCCGACUCGAGUCAAGUCACCGUAAAUAACUCAGAGGGCCACGAGCUCUUUCAAGCAAGUCUCUGCGGCUUAGGACUCACUGGAGUGAUCACGCGAGUCAAACUGCGUUGUGAAGAUUCGUUCAAUCUUGAGGAAACGACCUACGCGAUCCCGUUUGAUGUGUUUGUAAAUCACUACGAUUGGAUUGCCAGGAGCGCUGAGCAUGUGAGGAUGUAUUGGUAUCCCCAAGUUGAUCAGGUGAAAGUAGAAAGGUUGAAUCGGACGACAAAGCCAAGGGAUCGCGAAACUUGGAAAACGCGUCUACGAGAGAAGCUGAUGAAGUGCUUUCAGUGGUACAUCCAGCCGGCGGUGCUCUUGCUCACCAAGUACCUACCGAAUAUCACGGAUCUCUAUAUGAAAGCAUGCUAUCGCUUGCUGCACGAGCCGACCGUAUCGAUAUCGAUCGACGAUACUGAAGCGAUCGACCGGGAUACUCUAGAUGCGUUGAUCCAGCUUGAGACGCUCAAACGCUUGCCGAAAAAUCGGAUCAAUGCUAGUGCGAGUGUCUUCAACUUCGAUUGCGGACCGCCCCACCACACAUACGAGGGCGCAAUCCCAUACGAGCUCACUGCAGAGGCAUUAAGACAAUUCCGCUCGUUCUUACAUUCUGAAAGUCAAAAGAUCGGAGGGGGGCUCAAGAUGCAUUUCCCCAUGGAGAUCAGACCUGUGGCUGCCGAUACCAUCUGGUUAUCUCCUUCGUGCGGCCAACGAGUUACUUAUCUUGGUAUCGUACAAUUCAAAGCGUUUGGGCUGGAGAUCAACGGAGAAUACAAAAAUUUAUUCAAGGCAUUCGAGAAGAUCUUGGAAGCCCACUAUAACUUACGACCUCACUGGGCGAAAAAACACUCGCAGACCUUCAAGAGUCUGGAAAGAUCGUAUGGGGCAACCAACAACAAUUUCCAGCGGUUUCUGGAUGUGCGCGAUCAAGUGGAUCCCGAAUUUAGGUUUUUAAAUCAUUAUGUUUUUAGACAUUUUGUCAAAAAUAAUCACCAGAUAAACAAUGAUCCUCAAGAUGAAGAUGUGGCCAAGGAGAAUGAGAUACCAGAGCACAUUUUGUAA